AAAACGGUGGGAGUGUUGGCAAUUGUGUUGUUUAGUCAAUCAAUGCGCCUUUCUUCUUCUUCUUCUUCUUCUUCUUCUUCCCCGACCAUGCACAGACUCGCUCGCUCUCAACAAACCUUCUCUCUCUCUCUCUCUCUCUCUCUGAAAUUCUGAUCUCUCUCUCUACUAACCGCAAUGCUAACCACCAUUAUCUCCGCUUCCACCACCACCACCACCACGUAUCAUUCUGCUACAAUUUUCUUUUCUUCUUCUUCUUCUUCUUCUUCUUCUUCUUCUACCAAUACUCCUACUUCUUCAUCAACCCUAGUUUUUCCUAAAACCCUAACCGUUACACCAAAAAGAACUCGCCUUUUGCGACUUCACGCAUCAUCUUCUUCAUCCUCCAUGUCCAUGAUCGACAAGGAGACACCGGAGCUCCAACGCCCCCAUACAUUUCUCCGCCAAUGGAACGACGAUUCCGAUUCAAAUUCUUCUGUGAGGGCUCGGUUUGAGAAGAUGAUAAGGGAGGCGCAGGACAGCGUUUGCUCCGCCAUUGAGGCCGUCGACGGCGGCGGAAAGUUCCAAGAAGACGUCUGGUCGAGGCCCGGUGGCGGCGGCGGUAUCAGUAGGGUUUUGCAGGACGGUGCCGUGUGGGAAAAGGCUGGCGUGAAUGUUUCUGUGGUUUAUGGAGUCAUGCCUCCCGAAGCCUAUAGAGCCGCCAGCCCUGUUCAUGCCCAUCAUGCCAAUUCAUCUGUCCCUGUUCCGUUUUUUGCUACUGGAAUCAGCUCGGUUUUACAUCCAAAGAACCCUUUUGCCCCAACAUUGCAUUUUAAUUAUCGGUAUUUUGAGACUGAAACCCCAAAAGAUUCUCAGGGAGCACCAAGACAAUGGUGGUUUGGCGGCGGUACUGAUUUGACACCUGCUUACAUCUUCGAGGAGGAUGUCAAGCACUUCCAUUUGGUUCAAAAAAGGGCUUGUGACAAAUUUGACUCUAGUUUCUAUCCUCGGUUCAAGAAAUGGUGUGAUGAUUACUUCUACAUCAAGCACCGGGGUGAGAGGCGAGGGCUUGGGGGAAUAUUUUUUGAUGAUCUUAAUGACUAUGAUCAGGAAAUGCUUCUUUCCUUUGCCACUGAAUGUGCAAAUUCUGUGGUUCCUGCUUACAUACCUAUAAUAGAGAAGAGGAAAGAUAUGCCUUUCACAGAUCAACACAAGGCAUGGCAGCAAUUACGGAGGGGGCGCUACGUAGAAUUCAACUUGGUCUAUGAUCGGGGAACAACAUUUGGACUCAAGACGGGAGGUAGAAUUGAGAGUAUUCUUGUUUCUCUUCCACUAACAGCACGGUGGGAAUAUAACCAUGAUUUCUUCCUCUUUUGCGCGCAGCAACCAGAAGAGGGAAGCGAAGAAUGGAAACUACUGGAUGCUUGCAUCAAUCCGAAGGAAUGGCUCUAGCACUUUUUAGAAGAAUUUCCUUGUAUCAUGUUGAGUUUAUUUUUUACUUUUCCUUUGGCAUUUUUUAUUAAUGACCAGUUUGUAAGUUGUUGAAAAAAUACGUUGUUGAGAGUUAGUAUAUUUUUUUAUUAUUAAUGGCCAGUUUGUAAGUCGUUGAAAAAGUACAUUGUUGAGAAGGAUGUGAAAUUGUUGGGUA